AUGAGUCGAGAGUUUACCGCUUUGCAGGUCAUGCAACAGAUGUUGUCAAAUGCAUUCUCUGAUGAUGCCAAUCCCGAUGAAGAAGCAGAGGGUGUGUCUGAGGAGGAGGAUUAUGAGGCAAGUAACCAACCGAACAGGGAACAGGAAGGAAAAGAAGAAGAAAUGAUAAUAUCAGAAGACAGAGAGGAGCAAAUGGAAAGAGAGGUAGAAGAGGACGGAGAGCAUAAAGAAGAAGAAGAAGAAGGAGAAGAAGAAGAUGAGGAAGAAGAGGAAGGAGAGGAAUGGGUAACAGAAGACAGAGAGGAGACCCGCCAGACGCGCGGCAGACAAACUGGCGGCCGUAAGAGAGGUCUGGGACGCGUGGUCUGAGCGGCUGCCGUCCUUCUACAACCCCGGGCCGGAGAUAGUGGUGGACGAACAGCUGGUUCCGUUUAGAGGGCGUUGUCCCUUUCGGCAGUAUAUUCCCAGCAAGCCAGCGAAAUACGGGAUCAAGACAUGGGUGGCGUGCGACUCUAAAUCCAGUUACGCUUGGAAGAUGCAAGUGAACACAGGGAAGGCCACGGCCACAGAUGCAGCUGCAGGUGGUGGAGGAGGAGGAGGAGGAGGAGGAGAAGCAGUUUAUCACUGUCAGAAUCAAAACUUCAUAAACAAUCAGUUCAUGCCUACACAGUGA